AGCAGUGUUCUGAAGGGACAGAGCGAGAAACCGAGACUUCCACGUCCGUGUGUGGAUGUCCCAGCGAUUUAGGAAAAAGAUCAGAAAAUCAGGACAGAGGACAUACAGUUAUCAAUCCCAUCUUCAGUGCGUCUUGCAGAAGGAAUUUUUAUGAAUGCUUUUACUCUGGCUAACACCUGAAUGUCGAUGUUAUAAAUGGUAUUUCAUAUGCACAGUGCCACUGAUUUUAAGGGUGCUUUGCGGUUUUCUACAAUUAUUUUGGAAGUCUGUGGAAGUUUCAACUUUUUUCUUUCUAUUUGCGACGGACACCCGCUAGGAGAGGGUGGCAAAUCAAGUAUGGGAUUUCGACUGUGAUGUGGAGUGUUAUUCCAUUUGAAGAAAUUAAGAGAUUAAAGAAAAGAGAGGAAACAGAACGCACUUGGGAUUCUCUUGUUUCUGGAUAUCUUGACAUUCGUUGGCAACACUUGCAAAACGUGUUAAAGGAUUUCUCUCAUGUGUCCUGUCUUCCACACUGGUUGGAAGGGAAUGGGAAUAAUGCCGCUAUAGCUUUGUUUGAGAUAUUCCUUCAAUUUUGUUUGUUUUUUAAUCACCACAAAUGCGUUUGAAGAAGUCAGUUAUUGGUCGGAUAGGAUUUUAAAACGAGACUCAGAUCUGGAAUUACAACCAUGAACUUUGUUAUCAGUCUGAUACCAUUAUUUUUCGCGCUUCUGUACUUGUCAACUGUUAAGACUGCCCACAUACCCAAGGAGGGAGGGAUGAACACAAAUGACGUGGUUCCCUUCAUGGAGGUGUACAACAAGAGCAUGUGCAGGACAAGGGAGGUCCUGGUCGAUAUUUUCCAGGAGUAUCCCGAUGAGAUCGAACACAUAUUUAUCCCGUCCUGUGUGGUUCUCAUGCGCUGUGCUGGAUGCUGCAAUGAUGAAGCACUGGAGUGUGUCCCCACAGAGACCUACAAUGUCACCAUGGAGGUGAAAAUGUUCAAACACCUAAAACAACAAAACAAUUUUCUGCUGAGUUUUACAGAACACAGAAGAUGUGAGUGCAGACCAAAGAAAGAAGUGACAGAAAAGAAAGAAAAAAAACCCCGGAGGGGCAAGGGCAAAGGCCUAAAGAGAAAGAGAAGGAAAAACAGAGAGAAAAAGCCACCCUCCCACUGUGAGCCUUGCUCAGAGAGAAGAAAGCGCUUGUUUGUACAAGACCCCCUGACAUGUCAAUGCUCCUGUAAACAUUCAGAGCUAGACUGCAAGUCCAGACAGCUGGAGUUAAACGAAAGAACUUGCAGAUGUGAAAAGCCAAGGAGAUGAGAGGAGAAACAAACUCUGACAUGAAGGGGGAAUAUCUGCACCGCACUUUGAACUCUGAUCAUUUUCUCAAAGGAUGCAUUCCCUGGACAGACUGAGAAGAAUGAAAGAGAAAGAGAAAGAAAGAUAGAGAGAGUUCCUGUAUCUUUUAAAAAAUAUUUAUAUAUAUAUAUAUAUAUAUAUAUAUAUAUAUAUAUAUAUAUGAAGUAAGAAAAUUAUAAAUUUGUAUUGCUGCUAAAAACAACACUAUAAAAAAGUGAACGACUACGCCAGUGCAUGUGGCUGGCGUGUGAAUGGGACUGAGAUUUUGUUGCUGGUAGUGAAUGGGAUUGAGUGUAUUUGUGUGCAUCGGAUUGAGUUUCCGUGUAAUGGUCUUUUAUAUCUGUUGAAAUGAUUGACUUGAUGUAAAACUUCACUGGAUUUGGGGAUGCAUGUGGAGAGAAAUAUAAGCAGGCAAUGAAGGCUUCCCUUUGGACAUAUGACUUGGACCUAGCCUUUGGAGAGGAAGGCAGGAGCAAAUCUCUCUGUCAAGAGCGAAGGAGGAAUACAAUGACCGCAGUGGUGUAGACAUUUUCCAAAGGAAAAUAACGGCAGGUCCUGGAAAAGGAGAAGGGCUGGAACUUUGAACGUCUUCUUUGUGAUGUCACUUCCUGCUCUCAAGAGAACUCCAUUGUGGGCAGGGCAUAUAGAAGCUUGUCACCAAGGCGACUGCUGACUAACACUCAAUAGGACUCGGAGUGUAAAUACUUGUAAAGGGAUAUUAAUUGGAGGUAUAUAUGGAAACAUCUGAAAAUUUAGUAUACGAUUACAUUGUUCUCUAAAACAGAGGCAUUCAUUUUUGACCCAUUUUGCUAAUUGAAUUUGUUGAUUUUCCAAAGAGCACUGCACACACAAUUUCAAAACUACAAACUGUAUGUACAUAAUUAAUAUCCCUUUUUCGUAGUACACUACAGUGGAUUUAUAAUGUUAGAAUAUGUUCAGUAUUCAGUCUGUAUUUAAUUUGAUCUAUUUAUAUGCAGUGUUAUGUUAAGGUGUUUUGCUUCAUUUGUUGUCAACGUGUUGCCAAUUUGCCAGGCCCUCUGGAGAGAAUGGUUAAUGGCUUUUUAUAAAGAAGAAAAAUAACACUUUAAACAUUCCUAAAAGCAUUAAGAGAGACUUUCAGGACAAUACUCAGCGUGAGGUUUUCUUUCCAGGAUGUCGGGGUGGGGCGGGUGUGGAGAGGAGGUGGGUCGAUUGGGGUUGUCAUGGACGAUGAUUGUGAUCAUAUUGAGCAUGAUUGUGCCACAUUCUUGGUGUCUGUGCCCACACUGUACCCUGCACUAAACUGCCCUCUAAUAGCCGAGCCUGAGCUCUGCGCCCAUCCGUGCUACAGCCACACUAAUGCAGCCACACGUGAGAGAGCUCCUGCUUCUGGAACAUUCUACCUGUGUUAAUAAUGACAGAUGUUCUCUGUAAUCACGUGCAGCCACAUUUAGUAUAUUUUCACAUUAAUAUAUUUAUUGGUGCUGUAAAUUGGUAAGUUUAAAAUAUUAACAUCUAUUGUGUUUUUAGUGUAAGUAGUAAGCAUAUUUAUUUUCAAAAGAUAUUGUUUUUUAUUAAAUGAAAAACUGAUUUA